AUGAAUCGAGCCUCCUCCCCAAGGGUGCUUAUCAUCGGCGCCGGUGCAGCUGGCUUAGCUCUGGCACAAGGGUUGAAGCAGGCAAGAAUUCCAUUCACGAUAUUCGAGAAAAAUGCAUCCCAAAAAGAGAAGCGGAAUUGGAGUAUGAAUCUGCACUGGAGCUUUGACUCUCUUGAACCUCUGGUACCGAAGGAAAUUCUGUCCAAGCUGGAGAGUACCCAGUGCGACCCCCACAUUAUUGCCAAUGAUCCAAACCAGCUUUCUUUCCUGAAUGGACAGACUGGGGAUGUAUUGAAGCAGGUCGAAUCGUCCAGGCUGUACCGAGUCAGACGAGACAGGUUUCGGGCCAUGCUGCUCACCGGAAUCGAUGUUAAAUGGGGCAAAUCACUCUCUGACAUCAGCUAUGCUGAGGACGGCGCUACUGUUACGGCGCGCUUUGCAGACGGAACUCAAGAAACCGGCUCUAUCCUGAUUGCAACAGAUGGUCCACACUCCGCAGUUAGGACCUUACUGCUCGGCAAAGAGAAGGCGAAGACGAAACCCAUCGGUUACGCCGCGACCAUGUGCUUCACCAAAGUCUCCCGUGAGCAGGCUCUGUUCCUCCGCAGCCCACCACACAAUCCCCUCUAUCAGGUCGGUGUGCAUCCCAAUGGCUAUUGCGCUUGGCUUGCCGUUCAAGACGCUGAAGACGCCGAGCAUCCCGAAGAUUGGACCUUCAUGCAUUACAUCUCCUACCCAGAGUCGGGAGGCGAUACCAUAGGCCGGACUACCCGCGAACACGUGGCAUAUCAGAAGCAGCUAGCCAAACAAUUUGCUGACCCCUGGAAGAGCAUAUUCAAAUGGAUGCCCGACGAUAGCGAGACUGCUUGGAAUAUCAGGCUGCGAAACUGGGACCCGAGUCUACCAGAUCAUCGUUGGGAUAACGCACUAGGACGUGUAACGCUCGCCGGAGAUGCAGCACACCCGAUGACAUUUCAACGCGGUCAGGGACUAAAUCACGCCAUCGAAGAUGCACACCAGAUAUACAAAACCAUUCGAUCGUUCUGGAAUGGAGGUGGUUUCACCAACGGCGAUAGGGCCAAGGCUAUUGAGGACUACGAGACAGAGAUGAUUGAGAGAACUGGCAAGGAGGUGCGUAUGAGCGAGGCCAAUACUGUCGCGGCACAUAACUGGGACCAGAUCAACAGUAGCCAUUCUCUGAAGAAGGGCCUGAUGAAGGAUUGA